GACGUGACUUCCUGAAGCCCGGCUUAACAUCGAGCCAUUCUCUUUAGUGUUUGCCCUGUCUCCCCCAUGCCCACCUCUCCACAGCCCACAGUUUGACUUCCAAAUUGCAUAAAUGAGCCCUUGAAAGUGGUCUUUUAGGACCUUUGACUACACCGAGCCAGUGUCCUAUUGAGAAGCUUCAAACCUGACAGGAGAACGCAAAGUUCCCCUAUCAUUGCUACACUGAAAGGUAUCCUGAUCAACCUAUAGCAGCAAAGAUGUCCCAGCUCCAAUUCCAGUGUCCGGCCAGUCCCAUGCCGGCCGCCCCUGCCCCACUCCAACCUGGGCAGCCUCAGAUGAGGCCACCUUUUAGCAUCCCCUGUGCCGCCAGCACGUUAGCGUCGGAGAGUGCCGGCCAGCCAGUCAGGAGCUCCGCACUCCCUGCGGGCUCAGCCACUCCCUACACAACCGUCACAGUAUCUAACAUGGCAAACCCUAAAGAGAAGACCCCCAUGUGUUUGGUAAAUGAGUUAGCCCGUUUCAACAAGCUCCAACCUGAGUAUAAGCUACUGAGCGAGCAGGGACCAGCUCACUGCAAAAUUUUCUCUGUGCGACUCACCCUGGGAGAUCAGCACUGGGAUGCUGAGGGGACCAGCAUCAAGAAAGCCCAGCAUUCCGCUGCUACAUCUGCCCUGGCUGAGAGUGUCCUUCCAAAGCCCACGAUCAGGACGCCACGCAACACAGGCAAGAACUCAGAUGGUAUGAUUCAAAUCAUGGAGUUGAACGCACUGUGCUCAAAACUUAGUAAAAAGCCCAUUUACAAACCCAUCGACCAUUACCCGAUGAGACCAGCACACAUGAGUUAUGGCGUCCGUGUCCCAGGGCCCUAUCAGCGCUCUAUGCAACACUACUACUACCCAUUUCCCCCCAUGGGACCAACGAUCUACCACAUGGAACUAUCCAUCGGAGGCCAGCAGUUUGUGGGGAAGGGGCGCACGCGGCAGCUCGCCAAGCAGGACGCUGCCAUGAGGGCCCUGAAAGUGCUGCAGAGUGAGCCCAUAUUGCAGCAAAUGCCAGAGGUAAACGAAGAGCCCGAAGAAGAAAACCUCAACAAGUCAGAAAUCAGUCAAGUGUUUGAGAUUGCACUGAAGCGCAACCUACCUGUCAAUUUUGAGGUGUUAAAAGAAGAAGGCCCGCCUCACAUCAAGAGCUUUGUGGUGCGCGUCACAGUGGGAGAGUUCAGCGGAGAGGGCGAGGGUAAGAGUAAGAAGAUCGCAAAGAAGUUGGCAGCUGCCGCCGUGCUUGGGGACUUGAAGAAGCUACCUCACAUACCCAGCGUGGAGAGGACGCUACCACGCAUCAAGAAGAAAACCAAAUCCAUCAUUAAGCUGCAGACCAGCCCGGAAUACGGCCAGGGAAUGAAUCCCAUCAGCCGUCUGGCGCAGAUCCAGCAGGCCAAGAAGGAGAAGGAGCCUGAAUACAGCAUGGUGACGGAGCGAGGGCUGCCGCGGCGUCGGGAGUUUGUCAUGCAAGUGAGUGUUUGCGGCCAGUCUGCAGAGGGCAUGGGGCCGAGCAAAAAAGUGGCCAAAAAGAACGCGGCAGAGAAGAUGUUGGAGAUGCUAGGAUACAAAGUGCCUCAGCCGCAGCCUCCUAAACCCGCACUUAAAACUGAAGAGAGGACCCCUGUGAAAAAGCCCGGUGAUGGACGCAAGGUGACAUUCUUUGAGCCUGGCUCUGUGGAGGAGGUGCCACCGGGUUCCAAGGAAGAGGAGUUCCGCCUGCCUUACUUGAGCCACCAGCAGCUUCCCGCCGGCAUCCUGCCCAUGGUUCCAGAGGUGGCUCAAGCAGUGGGGGCCUGCCAAGGACCUCAGGCCAAGGACUACGCCCGAGCAACACCAAACCCAGGCAAGGCCACCGUCACUGCGCUAAUUGCCAACGAGCUGCUGUACGCCGGCACAUCCCACACGGCUGAGGUUAUCCUAAAGAGCAAAAAUAUACAGACGCCAAACGGGCCCCUCACCAGGCCCUCGGAACAGCUCGCUUUCCUUGCGUCUGUGCAGGGCCUGCAGGUGGAAUACAAAGAUUUCCCGAAAAAUAAUAAGAAUGAGUUUGUAUCACUAAUAAACUGUUCCUCCCAGCCACCGCUCAUUAGCCAUGGAAUGGGAAAAAAUAUAGAAUCCUGUCAUGAUAUGGCCGCACUUAAUGUAUUGAAACUGCUGUCAGAGUACGAGCAGCUGUUAAACGAGCGGACGGGAAACGGAACAGCCUCCGGAUGUGGCAAACAGGAGGUUGAGGGCGAGCUGCACCCAAAACCGGCUAACUCAAGCACACUGGCCCCGCCCCUGGAUGGCAGCAUUUAGACCAUCAUAUUGGCUUGACUGUAAAAGCACUCGAGAAAAUUUGAAGACACUGUUCCAAGUCGCUGCAGGACAUUUUUGGCGGUGGCCAUGCUUCACCGUUUGCAUCGUGCUCACAGUUAAACAAGAUUGAAGUGAACAUUUUGGUUUUGCUCUCCUUGAUGUUGUUUAAUUGUACAUUCUUUUUGCUGCUCACUCGUGAGAGUAGCUGCAUCCUAGCCAGUGAUUCGGGGCUUCACUUCGUGUAACAAACUGUGAAUUACGUCCUGUUAACACUCGUUUUAAAUAUGUUUUAUUACUGCCAUUUAUUAAAAAGAAUCCCAUUUGUUUUGUUUUCCCCGUGAUGGCUAGGAUGCAGCUGUCGAUGGUUCUGCAGUGCUUUCGCUCAAAAACCCACAAGUGACGUGUUACCAACAUUUACCGUGCAGGGCCGGGAAGAAAGAGUGUGUCACUACAAAUAAACGUAGCGUGUGAUGUAACAUGAUGUCUCCACUGUUCAUGGCGGGGCAGUCUUAACUCCCUUUCCCCUCCUUGAUGUCGGCCUCCCGUCCCUUUUGCUCCUUAUGGAAAUAAACCUGUGUGCUCAUAUGCACGAAACAAA